AGAAGUAGAGCAGUUAGAUCCUGUUAGGGGAGUCACUGUUGGUAAGCUCUCUAAAAAGUUCGACACAAUGUUGCUGCCUGUGGGUCCACUGUUGGUCCUGUACAGCGUCUUAGCUGGUCAUCUGGUGGAGGCAGAGAGCGAUUGGCAAAGGACCAUCAUCUUUAUCCACAGAAAUACUACGCCGUCGGAGUAUGUCUUCUUGAGAGGAGGUAUAGAUCACGCUCGCCGGCCAGACUGUGUCCGAAACAAUGACCCCUGUCGCAUACCACUGCGCCACAUCUGGAAAAGCCGCUGGGGGAGCAAGUACAGCGCCUGGAGCCAAGGGGACAACUACCUGGACUGGUACGGAGCCGAACAGGGCCAAGGAACCCUGCCAGGGGCGACGGCAGGGUCUCCGGGAACCCCGGCCCAGGGAACGCCAAUGACUUGGACCACGCACGAGCGAUAUUCACGGGGUCGUUGGUGCCCUCCUGAUGACUUUGGCUGUAGAUAUAUCUACCGGUACGACAAUUUGAUAGCCGAAAGAGAUGGUGUAGGGUACACACCGCGGAACAAAUGGGGCUACCAUUACUGGAUGUUGGACGCCAUGAUGGAUUGUUCGAGAACUGAGGGUGGUUGGUUUUAUUUAAAGGCCUAUCUUGCCCCCGAGAACCAGUGGGAACCCGAUAUCUGGCAGCAGGGGGCAUGUCAGAGAUUUAGUCAGCUCCCUCCAAGCUCACGGAACCACAUGGCCAGGUGCGGCAUGACUAACGUGUUCCAGUGGGGGCAAGCCUUUCCUUGUGAGAUCUUCCCUAACGACCCCGACCCUGCUCUACCGGAUAAUUAUUAGUUGCUGUUUCGGGUUGCAGAUACCAGUCCCAUUAAGAGAUAAUAUCUUUUGGACUAAUUAAGUGCAUGAUUUGAAAA